AUUCCCACCCACCUUACAGGCUAUUCAUUCUUCUCACCAGACUCAUAAAAGUCGACCUGUGAGAGCGCUGAUAAAAGCAAACCUACGAUCUCCACCUUCUCAUAUUUAUAUAUAUUUCUUUUUACAAAAAAAAAAUCAAGUUUGAAAAUGCGUGAGUGCAUCUCUGUCCAUGUUGGUCAAGCUGGAGUCCAGAUGGGCAAUGCCUGCUGGGAACUCUAUUGUCUUGAGCAUGGCAUCCAGCCGGAUGGGCAGAUGCCCAGCGACAAGACCAUUGGAGGAGGUGAUGACUCCUUCAACACCUUCUUCAGUGAGACAGGAGCCGGAAAGCAUGUCCCCAGGGCUGUGUUUAUAGACCUGGAGCCCACUGUCAUUGAUGAGGUGCGCACUGGGACAUACCGUCAGCUGUUCCACCCUGAGCAGCUCAUCACAGGAAAGGAAGAUGCUGCCAAUAACUACGCCCGUGGUCACUACACUAUUGGCAAGGAGCUCAUUGAUAUUGUUUUGGACAGAAUUCGCAAACUGGCUGACCAGUGCACAGGCCUCCAGGGUUUCCUGGUGUUCCACAGCUUUGGUGGUGGAACCGGUUCUGGCUUCACCUCUCUGCUGAUGGAGCGUCUGUCUGUCGACUAUGGCAAGAAGUCUAAGCUGGAGUUCUCCAUCUACCCUGCUCCUCAGGUCUCCACUGCUGUGGUAGAGCCUUACAACUCCAUCCUGACCACCCACACCACCCUAGAGCACUCUGACUGCGCCUUCAUGGUAGACAAUGAGGCCAUUUAUGAUAUUUGCCGUAGGAACCUUGACAUUGAGCGACCUACUUACACCAACCUCAACCGGCUUAUUGGCCAGAUUGUGUCCUCCAUCACAGCCUCUCUCAGGUUUGAUGGUGCCCUCAAUGUCGAUCUGACAGAGUUCCAGACCAACUUGGUGCCCUAUCCUCGUAUCCACUUCCCAUUGGCUACCUAUGCCCCAGUGAUCUCCGCUGAGAAAGCUUACCAUGAGCAGCUCUCUGUGGCUGAAAUCACUAAUGCUUGCUUUGAGCCAGCCAAUCAGUUGGUGAAAUGCGACCCACGUCACGGCAAGUACAUGGCUUGCUGUCUGCUGUAUCGUGGUGACGUGGUGCCCAAAGAUGUGAACGCUGCAAUCGCCACCAUCAAGACCAAGCGCACCAUCCAGUUUGUGGACUGGUGUCCCACUGGUUUCAAGGUUGGCAUCAACUACCAGCCUCCCACUGUGGUUCCAGGUGGUGAUCUGGCUAAAGUGCAGAGGGCCGUGUGCAUGCUGAGCAACACCACAGCCAUUGCUGAGGCCUGGGCUCGUCUCGACCAUAAGUUUGAUCUGAUGUACGCCAAGCGUGCCUUUGUGCACUGGUAUGUGGGUGAGGGUAUGGAGGAGGGCGAGUUCUCAGAGGCCAGAGAGGACAUGGCUGCCCUGGAGAAAGAUUACGAGGAGGUUGGGGCUGAUAGUGUGGAUGGAGAAGAUGAGGGUGAAGAAUAUUAGAAAAGCUUUUCACUUCCACUGCCCGUUUGAUUUCCUGUCGAUUGUCAUUUUCUUGUUUCUUUUCCUCAUUUUCCAGUUGUCAACUGGCUAAAAGGUCAAUCUUGAAUUAAAUAAAAAAAAUUAAUAUUUACAUGUUCUUCAUUUCUUGACUAAUGACCCUGUACUUCAACCACCUUUUAGUAAUGCUUUUUAAAAACUUUUAUGUAAUAUUUGUUUUUAUUGUCUAGUAAUUGCUUUGUUGCUUUGAUUUGAUUAGAGCUAAAUUUAAGACCAAGUGAGCUUAAUUUCUUUUAAUACUUAGUUCUUGCAGUGUUGAACAUAUCUUCUUUAUCAAAACAUAACUUGCUUAACCUGUAAAUCAACUAAAAUCCUCAAUGUUUAAGUUUUGGUCUGGAAUAUUCUUUCUGAUUUCCUUGGACUCAUGCAAUUUUGAGUGUAAUGUUAUCUGUCUGCUUUGUGUUGAAUGCAGAGGGCAGUAUUGCUUUACAAAUGGUUUUAGUCUCAGUGGUGCUCACUUUGGCUGAUGUGGAAUAGUGCAGCAGGUUGAGUAAGUGUCAAUUGACCAGUAAUUCUUGAAGGCUUUUUAUUGACCAUGCUUGACUGUUCAAGUGUUGACGACUUGCCACUUUAUCUGAGUGAAAUAUACUUCCCAUGUUUCAGAGUAAAAGGUGUUAGAAGAGGCCUGUGUACCACCCUAAUCCAAAUUGGGCGUGGUAUUCAAACCAUGUCAGGGGAGAAUAUGUCAAGCUGGUGGACAGAUGGAGUUUAAAUAUAUGUUCUUUGUUCCCCUUUGUUUGCCUCUCCUUAGACAAAAGAAGAUACAGCAUUGACAGACAUUUAGUGGUUAUGGGCUGUAAAUGUAGAAUACACUGCAGAUAAUGGAGAAUGUAAUGCAACAGCAUGCAUGUUCUAAUGCUAACAUUCAAAAGUAAAGAGAAUGACAGUUGUACAGUCAA